CACUUACAAAACAUCUCGGUGUGAACACUUUCCUUUGUGGAGAGCCACACUGGCUUGUCUCGGGAAAUCACACAACAAUCAAGCUCAUUAAAGGAUGAUGCUCAGAGUUGUGCUCGCAGUGCUGCUGCCAGUGGCAGCUUAUCAGUCCCCUCUGCCCACAGACUGUAGUGACAUCUACAGAGCCGGUUCAGGCCUGGACGGAGUGUACACCAUCUAUCCCGCCGGCCCCACCUCACCUGUGCAGGUUUACUGUGACAUGGGCAAAGACAGCAUAGACAAUUCUGCAGAAAAGUGGACGGUCAUUCAGAAAAGACAAGAUGGAACGGUGAACUUCUUCAUGAAGUGGGAUCACUACAAAACUGGAUUUGGCAGCGCUGCUGGAGAGUACUGGCUGGGCUUGGAGAAUAUGCAUCUGCUGACCCAGGCCAAGAACUACGAGCUGAGGGUCGACAUGGAAGACUUCGAGGGCCAGAAGGUCUAUGCCCAGUACUCUUCCUUCUCUGUUGGGCCAGAGUCAGAGGGAUACAGGCUAAAUCUGGGAAGUUUCGUGAAGGGAGCAGCAGGAGAUUCUCUAAGUUCUCACAAUGGGCAGAAAUUCACCACCACUGACAGAGAUCAAGAUACACAUGGUUCAAACUGUGCCAGGUUGUGCUAUGGAGGAUUCUGGUAUGCAGCCUGCUUUGGUGCUAACCCCAACGGGGUCUACACCUGGGGACCAUCACCCCGUGCAGCUGGUGUACAGUGGAACGGUUUCAAAGGGCUCGAGUACUCCCUAAAAACCAUGAUAAUGAAGAUCAGACCAGUUGCUGAAUAAAAAUGGAACUGGGUCAAGAGUCACCGCGCUCAGCUUUGUUUAACUGGUGCUUCACAACCAGAAGAAUGAGCAAAAUCGAAGAAGAGUUUUCUUUUGUAUUUAUCAGAUAUAUUACAGUUAUUUAAGGAUAUGGACGGUGAUAUUCUACAUUUUUCUUACAACCAACAAUGAAAUGAUUCGACUGCCAAGGAUUGUUUGAUAUAUCUUUUUCCUCUGUGACCACAGAGCUUCAUUAGUGUGUGUCCACUGGUAUCAGUGUUUUUUACCAAAACAUCCCGGUGAUGGAUUGGAGACUGCGGGACAUCUGCACAUGUAUUACUUGUUGAGCAGGUGUGUUAAUAAAUUGCUCUUAUUAUCUUUUUACUCACAAAGGUUUUAUUGCACUCACACUAACAAGCAUAGAUGUCGUCAGCUCGAUUAAGUCUGACUUAGCUAACGUAAACCAGGUGUCACUUUCUCCUCCUUGGCUUCUCUGUUGUCUCUGUUUUCUCAUGAACAAAUAAACAAACCGACCUUAAAAGUCAUCCGGGUUCUUAACAAUUUAGAAUUGGUUGCAGGGGUUUCAGGGGUCAUCCCUAGCUGCAAUUAACAAUUAUUUUCUCUAUAAUCGAUCAAUUAUUUUUUAAAUGAGAAGUGUAAAAUAGCUCAGAGCCCAAAGAGACACUGCUUGUUUUGUCUGACCAACAGAUCAGAGCCCAAAUAUUUUCAGUGGAGUACAACUGAGAAAACCAGCAAAUCACCACAACUGAGAGAAACUGUUUGAAAGCUCUGCUCAAUAAAUGACUAAAACAACUUAUCGACUCGUCA